CCUGCCCUUCUCCUCCCCGACUUGGGGCCUGGGAAGGAUAUUGCUAGUGGAGACACUCCCCGCCAUCCUUUGCGGCGGUUCAAGAGGACGGCGCACCGAGGUCCCAUGAGCGAUUUGGAGAGCAGCAGCAGCAGUGGCAGCGAUGCGGAGGAGCUGGCGCGGUGCCGCGAGGCCGCCAUGCCGGCCUGGGGCUUGGAGCAGCUCCCGAAAGGGCCGCAGAAGAAAAGAUCCGAUGCUGUAAAUAAUCAGUUGCCAGCCACCCAGCCGAGCCUCAGGUACUGUACACUCUGGGUUCAAGUUUUCGUACAGUCAUUCAACAAACAUUGGUACCCUGUUGUGUGCCAAGGCAAGGCUAAACCAUGGGAGAUCAAGGUGAAUGAGACACAUGUAGUCGCUGCCCUUGUGGGUCAGCUUCUGAGCGAGCAGGAAAUGAGGUCCUUCUGCAUGUGUUGUAGGCAUAAGGUGGAUGAGCAUGAGCAAGAUGGCAACGAGCUUCAGACCACCCCCGAGUUCCGAGCUCACGUAGCCAAGAAGCUGGGAGCCCUGCUGGACAGCUCCAUUACCAUCUCAGAAGUUGUAAAGGAGCCAACAAAGGCCAAGGUACAGAGAGUCCCCCCAGAGGAUGAUGGCUUCCGCCUUUUCUUCACCUCCAUCCCUGAAGGCCGUGAGGAGAAAGCCUCUCCCCAGCCCCGCCGAAAGCGAUGGCCUUCCAGCUCCAGCAGCGAGGACAGUGACGAGGAGAGGCAGCGGUGCCAGGAGGCAGCAGUGUCAGCUUCCGACAUUCUCCAGCAGUCCGCCAUCCACGGCCCUGUUAAGGUGGAAACGGAGGCAAAGAAGAAGAAGAAAAAGUCGAAAAAGAAAGCCAAGAAGGAGGCCAGUGUGGACUUGGUCACAGCCACCACUGCCACCAGCAAGGCCACAGUCGGGAAGCAAGAAGAGGAGUCAGCCAAGGUAAACGGAGACGCGUCACUUGGGACCAAAAAGAAAAAAAAGAAGAAAAAGGCAAAGAAGGCCAGUGAGGCUUCCCCGUUCCCACUCUCAGCGAGCGCAGCAGCCGUGCCUGCAGACUGACCACGGGCGUGGGGCCCGACCAGUCCCAGUGACGAGGCACCCACGGGACAGGCAUUUCCAGGCCCUGCCUUGCUCUCCAAGUUCAAGGACAUGGCUGGCAAGUCCAGGCUCUGCCCAUGAUGCGGGCUUUCCCAAGAGUCAGGACAAAGCCAUGGUUAUAGAGUGAGAAGCCUCAGCAAGGCCUGGCCUCCUGUGCUUCCCCCUGGGGGCUGGGACAGACCAGAACAUUCCAUGACCUCGGGAAGAAGGAACUUCCAGUUAUUCAAGAUUGAUGGCCAAGUGAUAAAGCUUCCAUCUCCCUAAUACUGUCUGAGGAGAGCGAGAGAAGGGGGACCUUUUCCUUCCUCUCCUCCUCCUCAGCCUUGUAUGGUACACAGUCAUAAGAAAAUGAGGGAGGGGGUCCCCAAGAUGCCACGGCCCAAAGAGUUUGUACUUCUCCGUCUCUGCCACGUAGACUGGACAUAACCUUGUCCAAAAAAAGGAGAAUUUUUUUAUCCUCUCAUUUUCCAGAAUGUUCUUUCUCCACAUUGGUGAACAUAAUUACACACGAUCAUGUCCCAGCCAGAUUAUUGAAACUAAAUUGUCAGACCCAACAUGUAACAGAAUGAUUUGGGUGCUGCCUCCCGGUCAGUGCUGAACCUUAAGGAGGCAUUUUAAGUUAGCACCACUUACAUAAGCAGAGCCCUCCUGCCUGCACCCUGAGACGGGUUUCUGCAUCCCAGCUUUAAGACUUAAGAAAGUGUCACAGCACUUGUGGGCUAGGUGUCAUGCACCAGGGAUAUUCUGCAAGAAGGAGUACAAGCUCAAGGUGAAGGUAAAAAUGCAGGCUUUGUUCCCUGGCCUCGCAGGUUCA